GGAGAGAACUGGAAUAUGUCAUGAGCGGGAACAGUAUAGCUGCCUUAUUAGCUAUUUGAAAGCUUCCAAUGAAAAUGCAUUAUCACAUUGUUAUUGUUGUAAUAAUCUGGGCCACAGCGUUUGUUGACUCAAGGAAAAUAAGAGGAAUUUCUCUGGCAUACAGAAGAUUUUAUAAAGAGAAGAAGUCAUUCCUCUGCAUUGAUGGUUCAGAAAUAAUUCCUUUUGACCGGGUGAAUGAUGACUACUGUGAUUGUCUGGAUGGCUCUGAUGAACCAGGCACUGCUGCUUGUUCCAAUGGGCGAUUCUACUGCACUAACCUUGGAUUCCGUCCUCACUACAUCCCGUCCUCUCGCGUCAAUGACGGAAUCUGCGAUUGCUGUGACGCCUCUGACGAGUACAACAGCCGCAUGCGGUGCCACAACACAUGCAGAGAUCUGGGUCAGAGGGAGCGAGCCGAGGUGGAGGAUCAGAUAAGGGCCGUGAACGAGGGCCUCCACUUGAAGCAGCAGCUAAUCAAGGAAGGAAUUAACAUUUGGCAGGAGAAACAGAGUCAGCUCAGAGAUCUGAGGAGAGUCGCUGAGGAGCUUCAGACCAAACUGGAGACCCACAGGAAGAGGAAGCUGGAAGCAGAGAGCAGGAUGGGAUUGCUGAAGUCAGCAGGCGAUGUCCCCAGACACCCGAAAGAGUCUCCAGCUGACAUUUUCCGGGAGCUGGACUGCAAUAAGGAUGACAGCAUAACAGUGGAUGAAGUCCAGGCCAAAAUUGUACACCUACAGGGUGUCGAGCAAGGCUUAACUGAAGAGGAGGCUGUGGCCCUGCUUGGAGGCUCCCACCGGGCUGACCUCUCCCUCUUCCAGGAGACGCUGUGGAAGAGCCUGAAGACUGAUGGUGGGGUGAAGAUCAAAGACUCUCCGCGGUCAGAGGUCAGCCCUUUGGAUGAAGACCCCAACAUCAAGGCCGCGGUGAACGCUGCAGAAAAUGCUGGUGCUGAUUUGAAGAAAGUAGAAGACGCAUAUGAAACUGUGAAAAUGGAAAUCAGGGACCUUGAAGAGAUGCUGUCCGCGGAUUACGGUGCCGAUAAAGAAUUCAUGUACUUGCAGAGCCGGUGUUUGGAGCUGACAGCGUACGAGUAUACAUACACACUGUGUCCUUUUAAUCAAGUAACACAGAAGAGUACAACAGGAACAGAGGUCUUGUUAGGAAAGUGGCAGUCAUGGGCAGGUCCAACAGACAACCACUACAGCAAAAUGAAGUUUGACAGAGGAGAACCCUGUUGGCAGGGCCCAACCAGGUCAACUAUGGUCACAUUGAUGUGCGGGACAGAGACAGCUCUGAGAUCAGUUAAAGAACCAAGUAAAUGCCAGUAUAUUAUGGAGCUUCAGACUCCCGUCGCUUGUCAACAACUACAAAGGAAGUGGAGAGUGCACAGUGAACUGUGACUGUAGGCAAGCUUCAUCCACUAUCGCCGGUGACAGUUACAGCUUGGGACACGUCAGCCCAGCCUCACAAGCAUUUUGAAUUCGUCAAGCAAUAACCUUCCAACCACCCACCCCCAUUAUUAUGUCAUCCUAAUUGUCUGUCCAAUUUCCAGAAUUCUGUUACUGUUAUUUUUUUUUCUAUGGUAUUCAAUUCAAGACAUAAAGGAUUAGCAGCUGUCUCACAUUACGUAUUGGCCUUUUAUUGUGUAGUAUUUCAUAAGAAGAUAUAAACUG